AUUUAACACCCGUCUAAAAUAAUGAUGAACACAAAAAAACGUUGAUUAAUAAAAACAAUUAAACUAACUUAUAAUUUAGGUUUGCACAUUACUUCUGGACUUACAACAUUCUUAGCAUCCGUAACAAUGAAACUGUUGGUACUACUGAUAGGAUUGUUUCUGGUAGUUGAGACAGUUUCUGCUCAACAAGGAAACUGCCAUACGAUAGAUUCAUGCUCCUGCGUCUACGAUGAUGGAGUGAUAGUCAAUUUGACAUCACUGGCAAGAACAGAUGGCCUGCCAAAUUUCAGCAACAAGACCGACAAUGCAGGUAGUGGGGACACAUACUCGUGGAACCCGUGCGUGCCUUUCUCCUACAUAGGACCGAAAAAUAACACCGAGUGUGAGGGUGUUGCGGUAUGUAUGAUACGCCCAGGCUUUCCCAACCCGUUAAUGUACGAUCUAGGUAAACAGGAUAGUGCCAAUUUCAACGUUGACGAAAACGGAACACUGACCUUGACAUACACUUCGGAUCAAGGUGACUUCAAACGCACAACGACUAUAAUACUUCAGUGUUUUGAUAGCACCGUAUUUGACUUCUUUGUAAUUGAUGGAGAACAAGACAUCAACAACGUCACCAUUGACUAUAAAAUGACACUGGCAAGCAAGUGGUCAUGCGCAUACGCUCCAAGUAUAACUCCUGCGGAGACACCAUCAUCCGGUCUAAAUGGUGGAGUCAUCUUUGUCAUUGUAGUGUUCAGUCUGCUUGGCGCAUACCUUAUUUUCGGUGGGCUGUAUCAGGCUCUGAUUAAGAAGGAAUCUGGUAUGCGGCUGUGUCCUAACCACCAGUUCUGGUGCGCCAUUCCAAAUGUUUUCAGGGGCAAGAAAUCCAACGUGAUCAACACCGACGGCGGUAACACAUACGAGAGUAUUUAAUCUGACUGAAUAUUCAAUCAUUUAACUCACAUGUUUUCAUUCUUGGCUUUAUCCUCUCGAACUUGGUCCAGUGUUGUGUAGUUCCAAGCAACGGCAUGUCGCCAUAUUCAUCAAAUGAUGUGACCAGACAACGGUUCAAACUACACCAGCUUUUGCAGCUUCCAGUAAUGCAGAGCCAGUAUUCACACAACUUCUUAAGUUUUUUUUUAUAUUUAAUGUCAUUUUCUAAGUUAAGUUUCUCGUUUUUCAUAUAAUAUGUCUGCAUUUUUGCUUAUAAAUUACUUUAUUCAUUUACUUUAUUUAAACUACUCACUGUUUAUGUUAAAAAAUGUAUAAACGUAUUUUUGACAAAAUCUUAAAAACAUGAUAUGACUUAAGUUAGAAAAUGCCUCAAUAGUCUUUAUGAAUACUGGCCCGAGUAUUUCUUUCAAAGCUAAAUAAACAUCGAAUGAUCAUGUAUCACGAGUGUU